CGCUUUAGGUAUUGUCUCACCGGAAUAGGCAAUAAUAAAUAAUAUUAAGGUGUGAGUGUUGGAGCAAAUACUAGCGUUAAGCAACACCUUGCUGUGGUUACCUACCGGUACUGACAUGAUUCGUGGCUGGACGAUCUUCACGCUGUGUAAACCUUCGGCGUUGGUAGGAAGCUCACACUUCAAUAAACAGUUCAACUGGGCCAAAUCACAAUUGCAGUUCGCGACGAAAGUACCCCAACAACCUUACGCUAAGACGGAGUCAAUCCUACCGACGCUGCAGGAACCGGACACGAAGCCUGCUAUUGAUCGUCACACGGUGCAACUACUGGAGCGUCUUUCGCUGGUAGACUUAGAAACAAACGACGCCCUAGAAACACUAGAAGAUUCUAUCGGUUUUGCUUCGCGGAUUUUAACAAUCGGCACGGAAGGUGUCGAACCGCUGUAUACGGUUCUGGAGCGAGAGAGGCUUUCGCUUCGCGAAGAUGUGGUAAACGAUGGUGAUCUGCAGACGGAUGUGUUGCGGAACGCUGCAGUAACGGAGGAGGAAUACUUUGUGGCUCCACCCGGGAAUAUACCGCUUGAGUUGCAAGAGAAUUCUCGUCCGAUAGCCCACUAA